AUGGUCCUUUCCACUCGCAUCUGCGUCGUUGUGGCGCUUUCGGCUCUGGUGGCAGUACAAGCCCUGCCCGAAGGGAAGUCUGGAGUGGUGGAAUUGAAACCAGCCCCAACGCCAAAGGCAACAGCGACCACUACAUCCAAACGAGCAGUCAUCCCGUUACCCGAACGGAAAUCGAAACCAGCCCUACAGCCAACAACGACCACAACAUCCAAGCAUAACCGCAAACUAAAAGGCUCUCGAACUUCAACUCCGGUCACUGCCCGUACCCCCAAGCCUUCUAAAGCCCCUAGGCCAGCGACUAUUUCAGACCCCACACAAGUGCCUGCUCCAGCCCCUACACCAGCGACUACUCCAGCCACUACCUCAGCCACUACUUCUGCACCCUCCUCUGAUCCUUCCUGUCCCCGUAUUCGAAAGUCAUGGGAUGCACUCACCGCUGCCGAAAGAGAAACGUUCGUGUCUGCGAUAGAGAUCGCCAUGGAUCGUGGACUGUACCAAAAAUUCGUCCUCAUUCACCAAGAGCAAAUGGGCAACCGCGAGGCGCACGGCACGUGCGUGUUUCUGUUUUGGCAUCGCAAGUACCUCCUCGGGUUUGAAAACAUGCUGCGCAGUCUCGGGGACCAAUACAAGUGCCUCACCCUUCCGUACUGGGACUACGUCCAAAACUACGCGACCAUGCAAAACACCCCCCAAGCCCAGCGAUGUACCUCGAUUGAAACCUGCGCCCCCAUUGCGACUGGAUUGGGGGGCUCCACGCAAGGCUCAACUUCCAGCGCCUCCUUCUUUGGCUACACGUAUCCGAGCAACCGCUGCGUCAACCAACGUCCUGUGAACCACAUGUGCACUACCCCUGGCUCUGCUUCUUGUCCGAAAUGCACCCCUCGCGGCAACUGGGCUAAAACUGCCAUGAUUUCAGACAUGGGGAUUGCCAGCGUUCGCCAAAGCGUGCUGGGAGGCUCUGACAUCCUAACCGUGUCGCGCAACAUUGAAAACUCGCCCCACAACAUCCUCCACAACACGCUGAACGGUCCGAUGGCCAACGCCCAGAUCUCCCCCGUGGACCCCAUCUUUUUCAUGCACCACAACACGAUCGACUUGCUGCAUACCAUCUACUACCACUGCAAAGUCGAGUCGCUCAACUUGAGCGACUUGCAGCAGCAAAACGACCUCCGGUCGUUCCAGGGAUGCUCCACCAGCAACGGUGAAACCGUCGGGCCGACGUCCUCGCUUCGCAUGCGACUGGUCGUUUCGGGCCAAACGAUUGAAGUGGCCAACGACCCGCUCAUUGGGUCGUUCUUCAAGGACUUGCCCACGCAGUACUACAAACUCACGGACGCCCGUCAAUUGGGCUACUCGUUUGAUAUUCAGGGACUGCUGGGGGAGUUGUACACCACAUGCGGAAGCAGUAGGAGCUCCACCCGUGGCAUCAAGAGAGUUCGAGAAGUGAGCCAUGCCAACGUGACCAUUGACCACGUCGUCGAGCCAGUCGUUCUGGCAGAAAACCAAAACGUGCUGGCGUUCGAAGACGCCGUCCUUGCCCAAGCCGACAGCCAAGGACUGACCACGGACGAAGCGUACUUGGAGGUGCAAAAGAUGAACUUGUUGCUGCAGGAGAAUUGCAUGCCGGGCUCCGUCGCGGACUUUACGCCAGAGUUCAAAGCCGAGUGGCACAUCACAGGAUCGUCCAAGUCGUUUGCCCUGUUGCAGGACAUCAAAAGUGGGACCAAUCCCGUCCGCAUCGAGCACUGGCAAGACAUCCUCUCCAAGUACUACCACUGCCGCGGCGAUGUCAAGCGAGUGGCAUAACAUAAGCUUAGACAGCCAUACAAUGCCUAUUCCCGAGGCUAUUUUGCAUCGCCAUUGCUGAGUUACUGUAACCAAAGUUCUACGAACCCUUUGUCGAAGCCGCUCCCAGUGUCAGCGCUCCCGGUUCGUUUCGCCUGGCCGAAGUGACCAAGACCAAGAUGCCCAGAGACGAUUGCUCGCGGUACGACGGCCAUCCAUUCCUCCAAGGGCGGCCGCUUUGAUGACGCCGCGCGACCGCCCGCCGCCGCAGUCAAUCCACUCAUCGACGCGAAGCCCUAAAACCGAUUAGGUGCAACUUCGUGCUCGGGUAUACGCGAGCGAGAUUAUUCAAAAUAACAAUGCAUUGGGUAUACGCGAGAUUAUUCAAAAUAAC